ACACAGGCAGUGGGAGGUGUGUGAGAUCAGAUUGGAAUGGGCCGGUCCCUGGGCUUUCACUGGCUCCAGGGAACCUGUCACUGUUGACUGUGGGUAACAGACCCUCCUCCACCAGCUGAAGCCAUAUAAAAAAACAGCCUUUGGAGGCACACUCCCAGCUGCCCAUUGCGACCAUGAAGGCAAUCCUCUUCGUCCUGUUGGCCACCUGCUUGGCCCUGCAGCCAGGUGCCGGCCUGCAGUGCUAUUCAUGCACAGCGCAAGUGAGCAACAGAGACUGCCUGAACGUGCAGAACUGCAGCCAGGGCCAGAACAGUUGUUGGACAUCACGCGUCCGGGCCAUUGGACUCGUGACAGUUAUCAGUAAGGGCUGCAGCUCAAACUGUGAGGACGACUCGGAGAACUACUACGUGGGCAAGAAGAACGUCACGUGCUGCUCCACCGACCUGUGCAACGUCAGUGGGGCCCACACCCUGAAGCCAGCCAGCACCCUGGGGCUGCUCACUGUGCUCUGCAGCCUGUUGCUGUGGGGUUCCAGCCAUCUAUAGGCUCUAGGAGAGUCCUGCUACAGCCUCUACUGUGCAGGGAUGCCUCCCCCUAACACCCCCACUCCUAGCAUCCACACAAGGGCCGGCCUUCAUCCUGCCUCUCCUGGUGCGCCCUCCUUCUCUCUGCUGCUUCAAUUUCUACAGCUGGCACUUUGCCCCUCCCC